GGAUGAGUCUUCAGAAUGGGGAUUUGCCAGGGCAGUCUUCCAAAAUCCACUAAACCCUUGAAGCAUGAACUAAAAGAAAAGUUGAAAGACUCUAUCAUCAUCUUUAUGAUAGGAGGUCCUGGCUCUGGUAAAGACGUGCAGAGUAUCCGGCUAGCUAGCAAAUACGACUUCUCCCAUGUGGCUAUUGGAGAGCUGCUGUGGGAAGAAGCCAGCAGAAAUACUAGCAAAAGCAAAGCCAUUAGGGACAUCCUGAUGAAAGGGGCUUUGGUGCCCUCGGGCUACGUCUUGGAACUGCUGACAGACAAGAUGUUAAAAGCUGAAAAUGUCAAAGGAUUCUUUAUUGAAGGCUUUCCCCGAGAAAUCAAUCAAGCCAGGCUGUUUGAGGAAGUUGUGGGACGUUUGCCCAACAUUGUUAUAGUGUUUGACUGUUCUACAGAGACUAUGAUCCAGAGGCUGAUGAUCAGAAGCCAGCUGGGCCAAAGAGUGAAUAACAAUGAGAAAACUAUCCGGCAGCAGCUUGAGACUCACUAUACGUUGUGUGAUCCUGUCCUCACCUACUACCUGCAGAGAAGCAUACUCCGGAAUAUCCUUGGGGAGGAACCCCCAGAAGUAGUCUUUGCCAAGUGCUGCAGUGUUAUUGAUGAUGUGAUAAAAGCAGCUACCUCUCUGGUAUAGCUAUUUAGUUCUACAGAAAAAUAAAAAAAA